AUGAAUUUGCAACUGGAGCAUUGUACUCAAGGUCGUGCGAUUUCCUAUGCUAACCAUUUCAUCUGGAUUGCAAUAAUAAUAAUUGACAUUAUAUCAUCAGUGAAUAGCGCUGAGUGUGGACAAGAGCUGGACUUCAAGAGCCUAAGAAAAUCAGGUUGCCUCAAAGGUUCCAAAAUAAGAAGAGUCGCGUUUACUGAAAGCAUCGCUGGCUACAUCAUUGAGGGACCUGUCAUGUCAAGYAUCACUACAGAUAACGAAAGGGAAUGUGAACAAGCUUGCUUCCUUGCCAAAAACAGCACGUGUUCCACGUUUAAUUAUUGUCCAGGUGAAAAAAAGUGUGAGCUCCUGUACAACAAUCGUGGCCCAGGAGAUUAUUCUGUGAAAAAAGAGAUGGAAUGCAGUUUUGGGACGCACCAGUGCAAAAACAAAAAAUGCGAAGAAGGCUACUGCUAUUUAAUUGGAGACGAAAAGAGAUGUGUCUGCAAACAAGGAUAUAAAGGAGAGACUUGUAAUGAAAGUGAAUAAAACAUUACGUUGAGGUUUUGUAUGGUAUAGCAUGUUUUAAGAUUGACGGAGAGCACCCGGGAAACAAAGUGCACUAAAACUAACAUUAUUAUCACUCACAUUUACCAGUUGUAAAUGUAGUUUAUUAUUUCACCGAUUUAGAUGUUUUUUAUGUUUAUUGGAUUAAUAAAACAGAGUU